UUCAUUUCUCUUCUUCAAACCUCAAAAGAAAUGGAGUUGUUCUCCAAAGGCAACGCCGUUAAGUUACUGAGCCAUCAUAAUAUGUUUUUACUCGCGGACAAGGACCAAAAAACCAUCCGUCAAAGCCGUAAACGAUGUUCACGGCUAGCCAUUUGGACGGUGGAGACCGUCAUUGGCAAACCGAAGCUGAUCAGACUAAGAAGCUGCCACGGCACGUACUUAACGGCUAGCAGUAAACCGUUCCUAUUAGGUACGACCGGCGAGAGAGUGACUCAAACGCAGUCGUUUAACAACCCUAUGGAUUGCCAAACGCAUUGGGAACCGGAGGGAUAUGGGGCUUCGGUGAAGCUGAAAUCGUGGUGCGGGAAAUGGAUGAGGGCUAACGGGGGAGCGCCGCCGUGGAGAAAGUCAGUUACUCACGACGAGCCUCCUAUGUCGAAGACCAAGAACUGGUUGCUUUGGUAUGUUAUUACCGUUGAUGGCUUUGAUCUUGAAAACGUGUCUGAUGGAUUUAAGAGCUCUCUUUCUUCUCCGCUUUCCCCACAUCUCCCCGGUUUGGGUUUCUGGUCAGCGCCUGGGUCACCCGUUUCCGGCAGGCCAAAGAAGAGUUUAGGUCGGUUCGCUUCUUUGGGUUUACGUUCAACGUCUCCGAGAUGGUCCCCAAAACUUAACAUGAAACAAAAAGAGAAGACGUGUAGCUUCGAUGAAACGGAAACAGUAUCAGCAGUGGAGUUUUUCCGGAAAGCAAAAGCUGUUCGAAUGUGUAGCAGUCACAACAAGUAUCUAACCGCGGAUGAAAACGAAGAAACGGUGUCUCAAGGUAAAAACGGAUCAACAGAAAAUGCUCAAUGGACCGUUGAACUGGUUAGCCAUUCCUAUCAUGUCAUCCGUCUUAAAAGCUGUUACGGCAAAUACUUAACCGCUUCGAAUGAGCGGUUCAUUCUCGGAGUUACGGGGAAGAAGGUGAUGCAGUUAAAGCCGAGUCGGCUCGAUUCGUCUGUUGAGUGGGAACCAGUGAGAGAAGGGUCUAAAAUCUUGCUCAAGACUACAUAUGGUAACUACCUCCGAGCUAACGAUGGACCUCCUCCGAGGAGAAAAUCCGUCACACAUGAUAAUCCUCGCUCGGCUACUCUGGAGUCGAUCUCGUGGGAGGUUGAUGUUGUUGAGAUCUUGAUUAAUCCUCAACUCAUGGAGGAGAUGGAGUUUACUCCGUCGCCAAGGAAGUCAGUGACUCCAGCGCCGCAUAGGAAACCAUCAAAUUUUCGGCUGUCAGUUUCACAUUCCAUGACUCCGUCUUCUUUCUCAUACAUAUCUAAUUCAGAAUCUGAUGAGUCUCCAUCGAAAGUGGAUGGGCGAGUUAUCAAUUAUCAUAUUAAUCCUUUGUCCAAAGCAGCCGAGAUGAAGUAUACUCCGUCAUCAAAGAAGACACUUCCUUCGCCGCCACAUAGAAAGCCAUCUUGGAAUCCGUUUUCUCUUUCAGAUAAAUCUGAUUCAGAUUCUGAUGAGUCUCUACCGAAAUCGAAUGAGCUAACAAAUAAUUAUCAUAUUGAUCAUCCAAAGUCUACUCCGUCUUCUAAGAGGACCAUGCAUCCGACACCGCAUAGGAAGCUGUCGAAUUCUUUACAUUCGAAGACUCUGUCUUCCCUAUUAAACAUACCAGAAUCAGAUUUUGAGUCUCCAUCGAAAUCGGAUGGGCGAACCCUCGAUUAUAAAGCGGAGAAGAAGUUUAUUUCGUCAUCUAAGAAGAUGCUGCACCCGACACCACAUAAGAUGCCGUCCAAUUUUACGCAUUCGAAGACUUUGUCUUCUGUUUCAGACAAAUCAGAUUCAGAUUGUGAUGAGUCUCCAUCAAAGUCGGAUGGGCGAGCUAUCAAUUAUCAUAUUAAUCCUCCGUUCAAGGCGGCAAUGAAGUAUACUCUAUCAUCAAAGAAGAUGUUGUAUCAACCACCAAAUAGGAAGCUGUCGAAUUCUUCACAUUCGAAGACGCCAUCUUCUCUUUCAGACAUAUCAGAUUCAAAUUUUGAUGAGUCUUCAUCGAAACCGGAUGAGCGAACUAUCGAUUAUCAUAUUAAUAAACCAUCCAAGGCAGAGAUGAAAUCGAAGAAGAUGUCGCCGCAUAGGAGGCCAUCAAAUUCUUCUCAUUCGAAGACUCCGUCUUUUGUUUUUGAUAGAUCAGAGUCAGAUUCUGAUGAGUCUCCAUCAAAGUCGGAUGAGCAAACCAACGUUUAUCAUAUCAAUCCUUCAUUCAAGACAGAAUUCAAGUCUACUCCAUCUUCAAAGAAAAUGUUGCAUUCGCCUUCUCACUCGAAGCCGUCAAAUUCUCUUCAUCCGAAGACUCCGUCUUCCCUUUCAGACAUAUCAGAUUCAACUUCUGAUGAGUCUCCAUCGCACUCGGAUGAGAUAGGUUAUCAUAUUAAUCAUUCAUUCAAGUUUGAGAUGAUCAAGUCUACUUCAUCUUCAAAGAAGCCAUCCAAUUCUCAUCAUUCGAAGACGUCUUCUUUUUUUGACAGAUCAGAUUCAGAUUCUGAUGAGUCUCCAUCGAAUUCUACUCUACCGUCGAAGAAAACACUGCAUCCACCACCAUAUAAGAAACCGUCAAAUUCUCUUCAUUCGAAGACUCCGUCUUCUCUUUCAGACAAAUCAGACUCAGAGUCUGAUGAGUCUCCAUCAAAACUGGAUGUACAAACUGUCGAUUAUCAUAUUAAUCCUCCAUUCAAAGUGGCGAUGAAGUCUAGUAUGUCGUCAAAGAAAAUACUGCAUCCGCCGCUGCAUAAAAAGCCGGCGUCAGUUUGGACUCCAUGUUCUCUUUCAGACCAAUCUGAUGGAAAUUCUGUUGAAUCUCCUUUAAAACCGAAUGGGCGAACUAUCUAUUAUAGUAUCGCUGAUGAAAGACGCAUGGAAAACAAAUCAACUGCUGGAUAUUUUUUCACAUUUAGAGGAAACAGUGUGGCAGAGCUGACUCAGACGCUACGAGAAGAAACAUGCUUGGAAGAUGUUGUGGUGUGCACUCGCAACCCCUUAAGUGGCAAGCUGUCUCCUCUUCGUUUGCAACUUCCUCCUAACAAUGGAAUACUCCAUCUCGUCUUACUACCCUCCAGUGGAAGUCUCUAUGAGAGACGUGAGAAUUAAUUUUAACUUGAAGCUCUCAUAUAUAGAGUUAUUGAACCUUUGGCUUGUUCGUUUUUUGUUAAAUAUCCACCAUUGGCAAAUGAAUGACUGGCUUUUUGUGUGGUGAAG